CUCGGACAGGACGGUUGCCUACGGAAAACAUACAACCGGGACUUGACCGGAGCCCUCUUCUCAUCUUGGUCUGUGCGUGUAUCGUUAACUCGUCGACACUGGUUUUCGACAACUGUCUGGGAUCCCACUGUCAGUCGGUGCCGUGUAGCCCUGUAACACUUUUCAUGCAGCAUUUCUCAGAUGCAUCCGCAGUUGUCUGAUAAACGAAUAGUCUGCAGGGAAUUCAUCCAGGCACUGGAUGCAUGUCAUGUCAGUAUCUGGGCGCGUCUCACUGGUGGUUGCAAUCAAGAAAAGGACAGCCUUAAUAAGUGCCUUCGAAAAGAGCGCGUCGAGCGCUCGACUCGUAACCGCACCCAGGCCAAAGAGCAACGUUUGAAAACUGAACAGGUUUGGAAGGAACUUCACGAGGAUGAUUAAUCUCUAGUCGUUCCUACCCAACCGCACCUCUCACGUAGUCGACAUACGCAUGAUAUUUUCUGAUGUCGUCAAAA